GUGGUCGCCGCCUACGCCUAAUUUUUCAGCCCUCGUUUUCUCGGUUCGGUUUUUUGUUCACUCACUAUCUGAACGUUUUACUUGUUAAAUUUUCGAACCCUGCACGCCGUGGCCGCGCACCAUGACGCUUUUCAUCCUCACUGAGACCAGCGCGGGCUAUGCCCUGCUGAAGGCCAAGGACAAGAAGCUCCUCAAGCGUGAUGAUAUCGCCGAGGAGGCCUCCACUGCUGAGGGUGUUUCCAAUCUUCUCAAGUUGAAGAGCUUCCAGAAGUUCGACAGUGCCGCCACAGCUCUGGAGGAGGCUGCCUCCAUCAUGGAGGGCAAGGUCACCCCCGUCUGGCCUCGCUCCUGGAUGGCAUCAAGGAGGAGAAGAAGGUCUCUCUGGCCGUUGCCGAUGUCAAGCUCGGUGGGCAAUGCCAUUAGCAAGCUUCCUGGCCUCGACAUCCAGCUCGUCGCUGACUCCUCUACCAACGACAUCUACCGUGCCAUUCGUGAGCACCUCACCACUCUAAUCCCCGGUCUGAUGCCCAGUGACAUGUCCACCAUGUCCCUUGGUCUGUCCCACUCUCUCGCCCGUCACAAGCUCAAGUUCUCUCCCGACAAAAUUGACACCAUGAUUGUCCAGGCUAUUGGCCUUCUGGAUGACCUCGACAAGGAGCUCAACACCUACGCUAUGCGUGUCAAGGAAUGGUAUGGAUGGCACUUCCCCGAGCUGGCUAAGAUCCUCAACGACAACAUUGCCUACGCCAAGCUCGUUCUGAAGAUGGGUAUGCGCUCCAACUGGGAGACCGCCGACCUUGCUGAGGUCCUCCCCGAGGAGAUUGAGGGUGCUGUCAAGGCUGCUGCCGACCGCUCCAUGGGUACCGAGAUCAGCGAAGACGAUCUCGAGAACAUUCAGGCUCUCGCUGAGCAGGUCGUCGGCUUCGCUGAGUACCGCUCCCAGCUCGCUAGCUACCUGACCUCCCGUAUGAACGCCAUUGCCCCCAACCUGACUGCCCUUGUCGGUGAUCUCGUUGGUGCCCGUCUCAUUGCCCACGCCGGCAGCCUCACCAACCUCUCCAAGAGCCCUGCCAGUACCAUCCAGAUCCUGGGUGCCGAGAAGGCACUCUUCCGUGCCCUCAAGACCAAGCACGACACUCCCAAGUACGGUUUGAUCUACCACGCUUCUCUGAUUGGUCAGGCCACUGGCCGCAACAAGGGCAAGAUGGCCCGUAUUCUGGCCGCCAAGGCCUCUCUGGGUAUCCGUGUCGACUCUCUCGCUGAGUGGGCCGACGAUGUGACUGAGGAGGAGAAGGCCGCUCUCGGUAACGAGGCCCGCUUCAGCCUCGAGCGUAAGCUUGCUGGUAUGGAGGGCAAGCCCAUCAAGCCCCGCGGUGUUGCCAUCGCCCCCAACGGUGCCGCCCAGCCCGAGAAGUUCGACCUGAAGGAGGCCCGCAAGUACAACCCCGAUGCCGAUGCCCUGGCUUCCGAGGAGCCCGCGUCCGCCAAGAAGAGCAAGAAGCAGAAGAAGCUCGUUGAGGAAGUCGAGGAUGAGGAGAUGGCUGAUGCCGACUCUGAUGAGGAGGACUCCGAGUCUGAGGACGAGUCUCCCAAAAAGAAGUCCAAGAAGAGCAAGGACUCAGACCUCGAGGCUCUGGCUGAGAAGGCCGGUCUCAGCGUGAAGCGAUACCAGCGCAAGCUCGAGCGUGGUGAAAUCACCUUUGACGCAGAGGGCAACCCCACAUCAGUUAGCAAGAAGGACUUGAAGAAGGCUAAGAAGGAGUCCAAGAAGGCUAGCAAGGACGACAGCAAGAAGCGCAAGCGCUCCGAGGAUGAUGGCGAGAAGAAGAAGAAGAAGAGCAAGGGAGAGUAAGCGCAUGUUUUCAAAAGUUUCUGCACUGUGACCGGAUGGCAUUCCUGGGAUCUGUAUGAUAUCACACUUUUCUUUUCAUUUCUGUUUUUUGUUGAUCUUCCUGUCGCUCGAAUGUUUGGGGCAUUUUAAAGGUUGAUCUACCGGUCUUUCACUGGCGCAGAGGGUGCUCGUUAGGAACAAGGCAGUACAGUUUUAGCUGGAAUAAUCUGUUCAUAUUUUAGUACCGUGCCGUAGUCUUAGG